ACUCUGACAACCAUAUGCUGAAUAAUUAUAUGGAGGCUGGGGUGUUUUUCAAUGGAGCUUUUCAUUGGUUAUGGAAGGUAAAUACUGUGGUCUCCAAGAGGAUAGUCUCACUGAAGAUGGGAGAAGAAAAAUUUGAAGAAGUGAAACUACCAACAGCACUACCCGAAGAUCAAUAUUAUAUGGAUAUGGGAGUGUUGGAUGGGCGCCUUUGUCGACUUUCCAGAUUUAAAGAAACUCUUGGAGUAUGGAUAAUGAAAGAUUAUGGAGUUCAAGAAUCUUGGAGUAACCUUUAUACAUUAAGAUUUGACAGCAUUAUGUGUGUUCCCCGUUAUGAUCUGCAUCUUAUGGGUCCUUCCAGAAAUGGUGAAAUUCUAUUCAGCCAGCUGGGUAGUGUCGUUUUAUAUAUCCGGGAGCAUGGAACUGUAAGAAAACAAAACAUUCAUGGUUUAAAGGAUGGAGGAGCAGUGAGUUAUUCUGAAAGCUCAGUUUCAAUAGACUCUAUCAUUGCCGCCGAAAGAAGGAAAAAGAGAAAAAUCACAAGAAACUUGAAGAAGAGUACGACUAAGAAGAGAAACAGGGAUACAUAAGUUUGGGUAUUGUCAUAGUUGAUGAGUGUUGGAAAUGGUUUACCAGACUAUCCUAGAAAUCGGUAAAGCUUCACCAACUGACAUAUUCGGUUCUUCAAAGAAGUUGAGAAAAGAUUGCAAAAUUCUUGUCCAGACUUAUCAAUCAAGCAAGUAUGUAGGGUGUUAAUUAGUAUGUUUCUAUCAUUUUUGUUUGUUCACUGAACCAUUCCAUUAAUGGGUUAU